UCCAAAACGGCACCACCGGCAGCAGCCCCCUCCCCCCCGGUGUCGUUAUAACGACAGGGAGGAUCGAUAUAACGACGCCGGCAGCAGCCCCCUUCCUCCCCGCCCUCUCGGCGUCGUUAUAACGACACCGAAGGGGCGGAGGGGGGCUACUACCGGCUUCCCACCCCCUUUAUAUUAUACCAUUGAGGUCUCUCCCCUUCCCGCCUUCCUCAGGCUUCACCAUUAAAACCUGCGAGUAUUCCCUAAUCUGGAGCUGGCAACUCUAGAAAUAAGGGUAAAAGUCCAAGCUCCUUUUCUGUGUAACUGGACGAUCGUCCAGAGAAAAAUCCGCCCAGAACGUCCAAAUCCACGCAACAUCCUUGCACUAAAGACCAAUCCAAAGGACGGCCUACAAGCUUCACGCGUUGACACAAAAAAAGCCUCCCCCACAGCAAGGACAGAAUGGAAGUUGUGUGUUUUCCCAACUCAAAGGAAGUAGCCACUUCCAAAUCUGAUACUCAGGCUAACCUGAGGACCAAUCCCAAAGAGGGUGAGGAUUGUGGCCCCAGCCCUAAGAAAGCAUGUUCCGACAGAAUGAAUCCUGAAGUUGGGAAGGCUUCUACUUCGUUUGAUGUUUCCUUGGGGCAGCUCCCUAGCCCACGAGCCUCACGCCCAUCCUUGAGUCGCCGCAGUGUGAAACAGAAUUCCAAUUGCCGGAAGUCUCUACCGCCUCUACACACAGAUAUUACUGAACUGAGUAAAGCAAUCAGCCUGGACUUGCCAGAAAAGGACAGGAUGGCACAGCUUCUCCUUUCCAGUUUUCAGUAUGCUGCCCAGAAGUUUAAGGAUUCCUUACAACAUACUGAAGGGUCUAAUCCUGAAAUCUUUGAACGGAAAGUAAACGAGAUUUCAGAAAAACUGAGGUUCUGCACAAAGAAGCUGGACCUAGAUGGAACUCUUCAAAGGUGCUUUGAAGAACCCAAAGGUGAUUCAUCAGAUCCUGCUUUAAACACAAGAUUGACUACCUUGAAGGAGAAUAUAUCCAGGCUCUCUGAAGAGAAUCAAGCUUGGGAUCAAUUGCUUUGGUCUUACCAAAGGAAUGCUGAGGAAAUAUCAAGGUUAGAUUGUUAAUCCUUCAUAUUUUUGAGGCAAGCUAAUUGAGGUACCAGAGGUUAGAACACCACUGUGGAAGUAAUCUAGAGGUUGUAACAUUAACACUUUGUGUAUUUAGGUUUUCCUAUAGUUUAGAUGUUCAUCAUUAUGAGAAAUUAAUUAUGAAUGUUUCCUCUCUCCCUUUAAAACAAACUUCAGGAAUUUUGGUAGCUGUCCUAUGUUAUUUUUUGAUAGGCUCAUUCAUUUUAGUCACAAUUAUGAAUUAGGGAUUAUGCAUUGAUAUGUCUAUUUUUUAAGUCCAGCCAGAUUGAAUUACAAAUGAUAAACAGCCAAGCUGUCCAAACUUUGACACUACCUGUUGUAUAUUUUCUUUUGGUUCAGAGAAUUUCUGUAUAAAUGAAAUUUGUCAUGCCAUUCCCCAUCUAUUUGCUGUACAUAUAAACGUAUACAAGUAAACUGGUAUAAACGUGAUUUAUUCUUCACGGAGUACUGAUUUAUAGAACUGAAGGAAGCCAUAUUCUCUUGGCCUUAGCUGUUCAUCUACAGCAUGGGGGUGGUGAUGCUGACUUGCCAUAUGGAUUAAUAAUAAUUAAGUGUUAUCAAGUCACGACUGAGUCAUGGAAUCUCAGAAGUAGUCACCUGAUGGGGUACUCAGUUGCCUGACUCUGGACUUGCCUGACUCUGACUUGCUGUAUGGAUUAAUAAUAAUUAAGUGCUAUCAAGUCACAACUGAGUCAUGGAAUCUCAGAAGUAGUCACCUCAUGGGGUUUUCAAGGCAAUUUGCCAUUGCCUGACUCUGGACUUCUUAGGUCAGGGGUCUGCAACCUGCAGCUC